CCAUGAUGUGCUUGCGCGUACAAAGCAUGCUCCAACCAUCCAGAGUUAACAUGCGCAAAACGAACGAAAACUGGUCGUUUAACAGGUAUGGUCUCUCGUUGAACGAAUAAUAGGCAUGAAAUUGACUGAAAUGUGUUAAGGAUAUCUUUUGAACGGAAAUUGAGUGGAAUUUUCCAGACAUAUUAGAAAGCUCGAAGAGUUCCGGGACAAAACGGUUGGCAGCACUGAUGCUGCGAGAGAGGAGAAAGAGGUGCGGUGUUGCGUGACUGAUUGCGAGACCGAGCGUGUGUGUUUGUUGUGUUGUACGAUUUUUAUUCUCCUUUUGGGAAGAAAAGUUCGUUUGGAAGACCGUACGCUUGGAAGAAAUAUGUCGUCAUAUAUCCAAGUUGCCGAAGACGAAGGCGAUGAGCCGAUAGAAUUACCAACGGAAGAUGAUAGUACACUUUUAUUGACUACCGUAACCGCCCAGUUUCCCGGAACGUGUGGCCUCAAAUAUCGCAAUCCAGAAUCUCGGACGAUGCGCGGCAUUCGUCUCGUUGACGGACGUCUUCAUCCGCCUGAAAAUGGAUGGGGCAAGGCGAUUUACUUUUGUGUUUUUCCAAAAGAGAACAAACGUAAAUCUGAUGACAAUUUGGAAAAUUCCACAGCUAAGACUAAAAGAAUGGAAACAAAGUUGCGUUGCACAGACUUGAUCGUACUUGGUUUGCCAUGGAAAACAACAGAGCAGAACUUGCGUGAAUACUUUGAAACGUUUGGCGAAGUACUCAUGGCACAGGUAAAAAAAGAUGCAAAAUCAGGACAGAGCAAAGGAUUUGGAUUUAUUAGAUUCGGAAGCUACGAAUCUCAGUUGAGAUGUCUCGCUCAGCGGCAUAUGAUAGACGGAAGAUGGUGCGACGUUAAGGUUCCCAACAGUAAGGAGGGAAUGAUUCAGCAAGUACCCUGCAAGGUAUUCGUGGGACGCUGUACAGAAGACCUAACCGCUGAUGAUCUGCGCGACUAUUUCUCCAAAUAUGGCGAAGUGACGGACGUGUUCAUCCCAAAACCUUUCCGUGCAUUUUCAUUUGUUACUUUCUUAGAUCCCGAGGUAGCGCAGUCCCUGUGCGGCGAGGAUCACAUAAUAAAAGGAGUGUCGGUACACGUGUCGAACGCUGCACCAAAGUCCGAGGGCAACAAUAAGAAUUUCAAUAAUCAAGUGAAUUCGAACAUGCGUAGAGGCGCCCCAGGUCCCGUCGAGAAUAACGUGCAGGGAAACUAUCAGGGUAACAGAUAUAUGGGCCAUUCAGGUAACAAUAUGGGUCCAAACGGUUGGAACAAUCCAGGGAACCGGGCCAACUUGGACAUGCCUAAUCUCCAAGCGUUGGGCAUUACCGGACAAAAUAACGGUGGCGGUGGCGGUGGCGGUAUGUCGAAUCCCUUGGCGAUGGGAGGUCUGAACCUGUCCGCGUUACCAGUCAACCCUGCUUUGGUUGCCGCUGCUUUGAACCAAGCAUCUUGGGGUCUGAUCGGUAACUUGCAGAAUCAGGGAAACGAUCAGGGCUAUUCGAACCAGCCUGGCCCACCUGGUCAACCACCUUCAGGCAACAAUAGUAUUGGUAACAGUGGAAACUCUGGCUUUCUCAGUUGGAUGAAUCAGGGAGGAGGUGAUGGUAAUACAGGCAAUCCUGGAACAGGUGGUCCAGGCCCGAAUAAUCCCAACGCGUCCCAAGGUGCUUGGCAGAACCAUCCAGGACAACGCGAUCAAAAGUCCAACACCUUUCUCAAGUACGAGUAAGCUGCGCGGAGGAGGGAGGGUCCGAGUGUAAUCGUGGAAUGCAGGCGAAUCCGUUCCUUUCAUCCUGAUACGCGUUAACCACUGGCAACAGAGUCUAGGCAAGUGUGUACUAGGUACAAAGUAAUUAUCAUUUUUGUAAAACGGGAACCAAAGCCUCUGUUAAUAGAGGAACGGGUUCGAAUCUAUUUCUUUGUUUGCCUAUUAUCGACAAACGGAUGGAUUUUCUUUCAUUUCUUUUCAUGCGAUCACAUAAAUGCAUAUACAUAAAUAUAUAUAUAUAUAUAUAUAUACACGUUAUAUAUAAUUAUAAAAUUAUAAUUAUAUAUAAUCUUAUAUGUAUAGAUAUAAGUAUAGAUAGUGUGCUCCAUUGAACAAUAAGAGUGUAACGACAAAUACUUUCCUUUCGUCUUUUGCACGUCACGCAAAUUGUAUUUCUGACCCUGUCUCUCACUUUCUUACCGCCUUCUUCAGAGACUAGCACAAGUUCUUUCUCGUCGACGAUAGACGUACGGAUAUAUGCGUGUUGUAAAAGACGGAUAGCUUCGAUCAUCUGAACGUGCGUAUUAACUGUAUGAUCUCAUUUCAAGCGUGCGGUCUAACCAACUCGGAGAUAAAUUACUGUAUUGAAAUGAUAAGGAUAAGAAUGAGGAUGAGCUUGAGGAUGAGGAUGAGAAUCGUAAUGGGUAUAUGCAUAUAUAUAUAUAUAUAUAUAUACACACGUACAGGAUAUAUGCAUAAAUAUGAUAUAUGAUGAUUGUGAAUGUGUCGUAGAAGAACAAGAUUUAUUAUAGCGGAGUACGUAUAUGUGCUUAUGUUUAUUUAAAGUUUCGUGCCGUGUGUUUAAUGUAUAAUUGAGAAUUAAUCGAGGAUUUAGUACGUACGUGAAUCGCAGAGUCCUUACAACGUGAGAAUUUCAACACUUUUCAAUCAUUGAGUGUGGAAUCAUUAGCUUAAAUCUUGAAUUUCUUGUAUACCAAUCUAUGCUUUUUUUUAUUGAAUCGUUUACUAGAAAUCAAACGAUGAAAUAUUUGUAGCCAUGAGACUAGAGAAGAAGAAUUUAAGCUAAAUAUUCAUUUAAGAGACUAGGCUUGAACAUUCAUUUUCAAUCUUUAAUCAAAUCAUUUAAUCAAUUUGCAUAAUACAUAUUUUUAUUAGUAAAAUUAAUCUAGGAUUGCAUUCUCUAUUUCUUUUUUUUAUAUAUAUAUAUACAUAUAUACACACACAUACAUAUAGAUGAAAUGUUGUCAUAGACAAAUUGUUACAAAUGAAAAAUUGGAACGUUUGUUCCGGGACAAAGAAUAGCAAAGAGGCAGAAGGAACAUAAUAUUUUGGAAAUUUUGUUCCAAUUUUCUUUUUUUAAUGUAUGUUUUACCUUGUGUCGAAUCUGCAUGGUUGGUUGUGUCCUAUUAUUUAGCUUUCUUUGUUUCUUAUCAUUUCUUUUAAUCAUCAUUACCAACAAAAUUGUAAAUAUCAACUAGUAUCAAUUUAUUUCUCACUUGACCAAACGAUAUUCACAAAAACCGUUUCUCUGUUUAAAGAACAAUGCAACAUAUGUUUAUGAUAAGUAUGGUAUUGAAUAUUGCGUGAGGAAUAAGAAUGUAUGAAAGAGCAUAAGUGUAAAAUCGCAGUUGCAUACAGAUUGAUCGCAGCUACCCGAGAUUUAAGAUACCCAUUAAUUUUUGUGAAAAAUCUCGCCUUAAAGAAAAAGAUUUAAAAAAAAAGAAGAAAAAAAAAAGAGAAACAUGUCUGCUGCGCGUGCACGCGAACGAGAUUUAUAUGUGAGAAAUGUGUUUUCCAUUGAGAACGAUAGAUGCGUAUAAAAAACUUUGUUAAUUGAUUGCACGUGAAAAGUAGCAUCUCUGAUCCGUUUGAUUUUCAAUUUUCAUUUAUUACAAAAGCUUCAAGCGUUGUAAGCUUUUAGUACAUCUGUGCAAAAAUGAUAUCCUUACACGUUAAGAGUCGAGUAUUUAUUUUCCAAAGAUCAUAAAAAAAUAAUUUCAUUCACGUUGCACGACUGUAGUCAAUAAUUCUUGCAUAGAUGAGAUUUAAAGAAAAAGAAAACAGAGUAAUUAAAUACAGUCUAAGUACAGCAUUAAUUGAACGCUGCAUUGAAAUUAAUCUAGAUAGAAUAUUUCAGGCUAACAAUUAUGAGUACACACUUAUUAAAGAAUUAGAAAAAUUAUCAAAGAUACAUCUGUGUUGUUGUACCUUCUGUGAGUUGCAUUAUUAUAGAAUAUUUCCUACUUAAUGUGUAUACAAUCUUAUCAAUCAUUCAUUGAUAAAUUUACAUUAUGAUUGCAAGUGAAAUCAUGUCAAAAAUGUAGUCAAACACAAUGAACGUGUACUCUUAAUUGUAAGAAUGGAUAAAGUUUAAGUAAGCAUAGAUUUAUAAGUGUAUAUUCUGUGAGUUGGAGCUUUUGAAAGAUUCAAGAAAUUGCAUAAACACUUGAUUUGUUAACAUUAUACGUAUGGAUAUCUUUUCUUUUUGAUCAAUGUGACUUUCCAUGCAAUUUCAAAAGGCUCUAACUCGAUACAGAAACAGACACAGAGCCACACUUGCGUAACACUUUGUCACACUUGCAAUUAGCAGUACACUGUAAUACAAUUUGGCCAAAUAUUUAAAGAGUAUAUAGUUUCCCAUGCUUUUAAAAGUAUAAAAGCUCUUUAUAAUUCAAAAGAUCGUUACUAUUUCUUUUUGUUCUCAUUUAAGAAAUAAGGAGAUUAUAUUAGAUUGGAUUGUUUUGACGUGUCUCUCUGUGUGUGUAUGGCGGUCGAAUGUAUUUGUUAAUGGUCGUCUCAGAACUACAGGCAUGAAAGUUUAAUCGAGAAAUGAUCUGCUGUUUAAUGAUGAGAACCUCUAUAAUACGUAUUUAAUGCAAAAGAGAAAAAGAAAACCACGUGUUGAUAUGAUGAGUGAGUAAUAUAAUUAAUUGUGAGGUGAGCGAUAAUUAAUUAUGAAAAAAAAAAAAUAAUAAUAUUUUAUGAAUGGGACACAGUCGUUUAUUGAAUGCCUGAAUAUAUACUAUAA